AUGUUGAAAAUGAGUGUGUGGACUGUGUGUUUUCUUCUUGUUUAUGUACUAACAAGGGAAGUUAGCGGUGUUUAUGGGGACGAAAGAAGUUGCAAUUUAUUCAGAGGGAGGUGGGUAUGGGAUGAAACGGGUUCAUACCCCAUGUAUAAGGGGUCAGAAUGCCCGUUUGUAAACCCGGGCCUGAACUGCCAGGGAAAUGGUAGACCCGAUAGCAUGUAUCUCAACUUCACUUGGCAGCCGCACGGUUGCUCCCUUUUAAGAUUCAAUGGUGAAGAUUUUCUAAGGAGAUACAAAGGUAAAAAGAUAAUGUUUGUAGGGGACUCGUUAAGUUCGAACCAGGCUCAGUCACUAGCAUGCAUGCUUUACCAUCCUGGUCGACGUUACAGCCGCAAUUACACACCUCAAGGAUCAUAUACUUAUUUCUUUUAUGAUCAUGGUGUUUCCAUAAUGUAUCAGAAAAACGGGUUCCUUGUAGACAUGGUGAUGGAAGAAAACGGACGAGUUUUGAAGUUGGACUCAAUCAGCAGAGGGGGGAGAUGGGAAGAAGCAGAUAUCUUGAUCUUUAAUAGCUAUCAUUGGUGGGUUCACAGCGGAGCAUAUAAAACAUGGGACUACUAUCGAGUUGGUGAAAAGCUAUACAAAGACAUGGCUAUUAUGGAUGCUUACAAGAUCGCGCUGACUACAUGGGCUAGAUGGGUUGAUUCCAACACGAAUCCUAAGAAAACCCGAGUCUUUUUCCAAGGGAUAUCUGCUGUUCAUUACGAUGGCAAGGAUUGGGGGGCAUUGGGUGUAGAGAACUGUAACGGGCAAACUCAGCCUAUAGAAGGAUUUAGCUAUCCCGGGAAGAGACAUCCAGCAGAACAAGUGGUGAAAAAUGUGAUUACAAAAAUGAGAAGUCCAGCUUAUUUGUUGGAUAUAACACUACUGACCCAGUUACGAAAAGAUGGGCACCCAUCUAAGUAUGCAGGUGGAAUGCUAGACUGCAGCCAUUGGUGUCUUGCUGGUGUUCCUGAUACUUGGAAUCAAAUCUUGUACACGAUUUUGCUCAAGUAUUAG